AUGACUGCGUCUCACCCACACCCUACUCUCCCCUCGUUGUCGGCCGUUCAGCUCCGUGCAGCUCACCAUGUCCCACAGCCCGGUUAUGGAGGUCAAUCAGAAGGCACAUUCGAUACCGCCAACCCUCCUUAUAUCCGCAAAUAUCUCCGCACCUACGGCCUCACUCCUCCCCGUGCCGAGUCUUACGAAACACAGAAAGCGAGAUGUCUGGCACAGCUUGCUUUGAAGCAGACUCCUAUUGAAAAGUACCUAUAUUUGAGUACCAUCCGCAAAAAUAAUGUCCACCUCUUCUACCGUCUCGUGACCGAUCAUAUUGAGGAAAUGACUCCUUUAAUUUAUACACCUGUUGUUGGUGAAGCUUGCCAACGAUGGUCAGAAAUCUACCAACAGCCAGAGGGAAUGUACCUCAGCUACGAAGACAAAGGCAACCUUGCUGCCGUCAUUGCCAACUGGCCACAACCCCAUGUUGAAAUCACUGUUAUAACCGAUGGUUCCCGUAUCCUUGGUCUAGGUGACCUUGGAAUUAACGGUAUGGGUAUUCCUAUUGGAAAACUUUCUCUAUACACCGCAUGUGCUGGUAUCCGCCCCGAAGUCACCCUGCCCUUGACCCUUGACUUGGGUACAAGCAACAAGGCGUUCCGAGAAGAUCCCCUCUACAUGGGUAGCCGUCGGGAUAAGGUCUCUCCGGAAGAAGAGCAAGAAUUCCUCGACGAGCUCAUGGCUGCUUUGACUGAGCGCUGGCCUGGUAUUGUCAUUCAGUUUGAAGAUUUCAAGAACCCCUUCCCUGCCCUAGAGCGAUAUCGUCAUACAUACACUAGCUUUAACGACGACAUCCAGGGAACUGGUGCCGUUAUCUUGGGAGGUGUCAUGAACGCUGUUAAGCGUUCUGGCGUCCACCCCAAGGACCAGCGUGCUGUCUUCCUUGGUGCAGGAAGUGCUGGUGUUGGUGUUGCUAAACAGAUCGUCGACUACUUUGUGCGCGAAGGCAUGACCGAAGAAGAGGCCAAGGCUUGCUUCUAUCUAGUUGACUCGAGAGGUCUCGUCACUGCUGAUCGCGGUGACAGACUUGCAGACCACAAGAUCUACUUUGCCCGCAAGGAUAACAAGGGCCAACAAUGGAAGACCCUUGACGAAGUCAUUGACCACGUCAAGCCCACCAUGCUUAUUGGUCUCUCCACUAUUGGGGGUGUCUUUACUCCCGAAAUCUUGAAGAAGAUGGCCGCAUGGAACGAACAACCCAUCAUCUUCCCUCUUUCCAACCCCUCUUCCAAGUCCGAAUGCGACCUCGAAGCAGCUAUUGUCAACACCGACGGCCGGGCCCUGUUCGCCUCCGGCUCUCCUUUCCCACCAGUUACAUUCACCAACUCCGCUGGCGAAACCAAGGAAUACCACGGCGGCCAAGGAAACAACAUGUACGUCUUCCCCGGUAUUGGUCUAGGAACAAUCCUCUGCAAAGCCGUCGAAGUCACCGACGGCAUGGUCUACGCCUCCGGUGAGGCACUUACCAAAUGCAUGCUCCCCGACGAAAUCGAAAAGGGAUACUUGUACCCCGACAUCACACGCAUCCGCGAAGUCAGCGUCGUAGUGGCACGCGAAGUCAUCCGCGCCGCUCAGGAGGCCAAGGUGGAUCGCGAGACGGCCAUUCGCGACUUGAGCGACAGCGACCUCGACGCCUGGAUCCGUGUGCGCAUGUACGACGCCCAUUCCGAAGUGGCCUCUCUCGAACGUGAAGUCGGUGCUCUCUUGUCAUCAAUUGGCCGUCCCUUACCGAAUGGAAACGGCUACUUCAAUAAUGGAGAGGCAACCGACGACAAAACCGCCAAGCUAUAA